CGACUACCAUUUUUAUUGUCUGCUUUUCCCCAAUAGAAUGUAAGCUCUUGUGAGGGCUCUGUUGACUGCCAUCCAUAUUCCCAGCAUCUGGUAUAUUUGUUAGAUAAAUUGAGCAUUUACUAUGUACCAGGCACUGUGAGUUUGCAUAUGGAAUCUCAUUUAAUUUUUACCACACAGGGGAGUGUUUUAUUGUUUUGAUUUUCAGAUAAUAAAACUGGUUACAUUUUUAAAAAAGGUUAAGUGACUUGCCCAAUAUCUAGUGCCAGACUCGUUUUGUUCUCAAGCCUUCAAGCUUAUCUAUAUGCCUUUGCAAUAAUAUUUAAGCUACUUAAUCUAAAUUUCAAGGCAUUCCAUAAUAUCAAGGACUCUAAACCUAUCUUACCAAAGACGGUUUUCUAUCAAAAACCUCUUGCUUCAAACGACGUAUUGUACCUCGAACCUUAUAUAGUUUUCCUUUUCUCUUUAUUUUGCUCAUGUAAAGUCCCUGUAGAAAUUUUAUCUAGCCUUUGAAUCAGAGAUGGAGCGCAAGUUCCGCUUUUCACACCAUUCAAUCCUGAAUACUCCAGGAUGCAGUGAGGAAUUCCUUUUCUUCAGGAAGUACCACAUGGUUUUGGGGGCUCUUGGUCAUGUAAUGUCUCAUACUAUGUCCCAUUCCUUGUAUCUUGCUUGACACAAAGGUUCGAUACAUGGAAGCCUUGGUAAUUUGCUUGCAUUUUCACCUGAGGGUAGGUAAGGUAGUUCCCAGGGGUGCGCGAUAUUUAUGUAUGAUAUCCUCCGACACCCGGUUGUAAAAUACCUUCAAAAAGCUAACGUUUUCGUUGGGAAGGAAGCAUCGCAUAGGUCACAGAAGCAUACAACGAUGUGUUCCUGAAGUAAAAUGAAAAUGUCAGCUGUGGGAGUACGCUAAGGGAGGCUGAGCAGGGCGUCGGGAAGGGCUUCAAGGCCGGCCCCAGGGUGGCGGGGGGUCUCGCGCGACGCCGCGGUCAGGAAUCGCAAGCGCUUCUAGCACGUCGCUGUCCUUCACCUGGCCCCGGGCUCGCUUUUGCGACGGGCCACGUGCCAGUGUUUAACUGCACGUCGGUGCGUCAAUGAACGGUUAAUAACCGCCUUUCCCUCCCAGGCCUCUACCCUCCAUCUUUGUGCGGACAGGGGGGCGGGGCGGCGAGGAUGCCAGGUGUAGCGGCCCGGUCGAAACGCGGCGGGUAAAUCCAAGCCCCCAGCCCCAACAGUCAAGUUUUCAAAAAGUCCGCGCGUGGCGCCCCAGGACGCAUCCGUUGGGAACGACCCGCAGCGCGCUCACGCUCACCCCCACUCCCAAGCCCAGGGCGGGGGCAAGGCGUCUGGGUGGCGGACAGGUCCCCCACACAGGGGGCGCCGGGGCCAGCGCGCACUGGGGAGCGCGCCCGUCCAGCCGCGGCCGAAAACGGAAGUGGGCGCGAGCGGAUCGCGAUCAUUGGCUGAACUGACAUGUCUCUCAAGGGGCUGGCGCGAACGCCACUGCGGAGUUGGGCGAGGGGAUACGGCUAGGGGAGGGGGGAAAACACUGGGAACAGCCGCGGGGCUGGGAGGAAAUGAAUUGCGGAGGUGCGCGGGGAGCCGGGAGAGUCCCCGGUCAGGGCACACGGGGGAGCCAGGAAGUGAGAGCGGGGCUGUAGAGGCGGUGGCGGGAGCAGCGCAGGCCGAGGGCUUGAAUCGACCGCGGAGGGCGGGGAGUCCGUGACCGAGAGCGGCGCUGCGGCGCGGUAGGCGGGACUAGAGGGAGCCACGCAGGGAUUGGCGGGCAGUGCUAGGCUGCCGUACGUCGGCGGUGACGCACGCCUCGGGGAGGGUGCGCGCGCGUUCAGCGGCCUCUUUGUGUGGUGCCCAGAUAGGGGAGCGGAGGUGGCGGUGGCGGUAGCGGUAGCGGCAGCGGCAGCCCUGCUUGUCUUCCAGUCUCCUCGGUUCGCCGUCUAGCCGGCACCUCUCCCCUCCCUCCCCCUUCCUCUUUUCCUCCUUCCCUCCCCUUCCCUUUUUCCCUUCCCCGUCGGUGACCGGCGGUGGCGGCUCCAGCAACAGCUGGGCCCAAGCUGUGAGGAGGCCUUAGCCAACGAUAACGGCGACGGCGAAACCUCGGAGCUCGCAGGGCGGGGGGAAGGCCCGGGCCGUGGAGAUGGAGAAUUCCCAGUUGUGUAAGCUGUUCAUCGGCGGCCUCAAUGUGCAGACGAGUGAGUCGGGCCUGCGCGGCCACUUUGAGGCCUUUGGGACUCUGACGGACUGCGUGGUGGUGGUGAACCCCCAGACCAAGCGCUCCCGUUGCUUCGGCUUCGUGACCUACUCCAAUGUGGAGGAGGCCGAUGCCGCCAUGGCCGCCUCGCCCCAUGCCGUGGACGGCAACACGGUGGAGCUGAAGCGGGCGGUGUCCCGGGAGGAUUCGGCGCGGCCCGGUGCCCACGCCAAGGUUAAGAAGCUCUUUGUCGGGGGCCUUAAGGGAGACGUGGCCGAGGGCGACCUGAUCGAGCAUUUCUCGCAGUUUGGCACCGUGGAAAAGGCCGAGAUUAUUGCCGACAAACAGUCCGGCAAGAAGCGUGGCUUCGGCUUCGUGUAUUUUCAGAAUCACGACGCGGCAGACAAGGCCGCGGUUGUCAAGUUCCAUCCGAUCCAGGGCCAUCGCGUGGAGGUGAAGAAGGCCGUCCCCAAGGAGGAUAUCCAUUCCGGUGGGGGCGGAGGCGGCUCCCGGUCCUCCCGGGGAGGCCGAGGCGGCCGGGGUCGCGGCGGUGGUCGAGACCAGAACGGCUUGUCUAAGGGCGGCGGCGGCGGUUACAACAGCUACGGUGGUUACGGCGGCGGUGGCGGUGGCGGCGGCUACAACGCGUACGGAGGCGGAGGAGGCGGUUCGUCCUACGGUGGAAGCGACUACGGUAACGGCUUCGGCGGCUUCGGCAGCUACAGCCAGCACCAGUCCUCGUACGGGCCCAUGAAGGGCGGCGGCGGCGGCGGUGGCGGUGGCAGCAGCUGGGGAGGUCGCAGUAACAGUGGACCUUACAGAGGCGGCUAUGGCGGUGGGGGUGGUUAUGGAGGCAGCUCCUUCUAAAAAAAAAAUCUAAAAAUGCCUGGGAGUGGCUAUAGGGGUAGCUCUUUUCAACAACCCAACUAGGGUCAACUCCUGAGUUCCUUCCUCUCCCACCGCCUUCCCCAUUUUGCCCUUGGGGGAGCCGCUUCUAUGGCUGCUUAUCCUUGGGGGUGUUGCCCUAUUUGCCUGCCACCUCUCUUGUCUCUCCCUCUGAAGAUGGACUCGGCCCCACAUACACAUUUUUGUGUUACAGUCAUUGAUGGACUCUAUUUUUUUAUUAUUACUUGGACCUUGGUCGUUUUUAUACUAGCAAAAUGUCUUGUUUUAAUUUGUGUUUUUUGGGGGGGAGGGAGUGAACUUGCUGAUUCUGUAGCAAAACCGGGGCGGGGGUUGGGGUGGGGGGGUAGUUUACUUUGUUGUAAGGACUUGAUACCUGGCUACAGCGUUUUCUAUGAAAUCUACUUGGAUCCCAUGCCUGAAAUUUGGAAGCAUAUGUACAAAAAUCAUUUUUACGUUUUAUUUUUAAUAAAUCAUUGUGUUUGACCGUA